GUUUAUCAGGUGAACUGGCUCCGGACCAAGGCACUUUGUGAUUGUUGGAAUGAAGAGGUCAUUCUUGUCAAACAUGAAAUGCAGUGGACCAUCAAUUUUUUCAAGCAUAAGGCCAAGCAAUGGCUUGCUCACAUGGACAAUGCUGCUUCCAAUGAGAUGACUGGACAUGCAUGUUAC